AUGAACAACAGGAAGGAGGACAUGGAGAUCUCAUCUCACUACCGUCAGCUCCUCAGAGAGCUCAAUGAGCAGAGGCAGCAUGGGAUCCUCUGUGAUGCCUGCGUCAUUGUGGAUGGGAAGAUCUUCAAGGCCCAUAAGAAUGUCCUUCUGGGCUCUUCGCGAUACUUCAAAACUCUUUACUGCCAGGUAAGUUUCAAAGCCAUCCUGGACUUCAUGUACUCAGCACACCUUGCCCUUACCAGCAAGAACGUGAUAGAGGUGAUGUCGGCCGCCAGCUACCUGCAGAUGACGGACAUUGUCCAGGCCUGUCACAGCUUCAUCAAAGCUGCAUUGGACAUCAGCAUCCGCUCCGAGAUGGCUGAUGAGCUGGCCGACUUUGAAAUGGGAGCUGUUGCUGCAGGUUUAGGGGGAGGUGGAGGAGUUGGCGGAGUUGGAGGAGGAGUGGGCAUGGCAGGAAUAGGAGGUGUUCCAGGGGCGGCUUUAGGAGGAGGAGGAGGUAGCAUAGUGGGCAUGGCUUCUGAAGCCUUGGCCUCCAUCAUGUCUGGUCGCAGCACUUCCCCUUGGUUGGCGCGCCGCACCAGCCCGGCCAACUCUUCUGGGGACUCAGCCAUCGCAAGCUGCCAUGAAGGAAGCAGCACGUACGGAAAAGAGGACCAAGAACCCCCCAAGAGCCAUGAGAGCCAGGAGGACGCCUGCCACGACUCUCAGCCUGCCUGGCCACAUGACUAUAGGCCUGUCAGCGUCAAAGAGGAACAGGUCUCCCCUGCUUCCUCUUCUCAUCCAAGGGACACUCCGAAGGGGGCUGCCCAAAUCCAGGCGGAGCAAGGGGCCGGGGGAGCAGGUGGGGAAGUGCACUGGCAACCCCUGUCAGGGUCAGGGCGGAGGAAGAACAGGAAGAACAAGGACACAGUCAGACACAUUACCCAGCAGGCUGAGAGGAACUGGGACCGGGAGCGGGAGAGGGAGCGGGAGAGGGAAAGAGAGCGGGACAGUCGGCCUGGAUCUCCUCUACCCUCCAUGCUUGGUGUUACUGGAUGGAACUACAAUGGCCAAGACAUCCCAGGUAAGGUUAAGUUAGACAACUGGGGAGACCUAAUGGUGGAAUAG